AUGACUCAAGAGCAGAUGACACUUCAAGCUACCCUGCAAGGGCGUGAAGGCUGGGAACACAGAUCACAUGACACUAACUGUGGCGUGCCAUACAAGUUACUCCAUGGACACAGACACUUCGUCAGCAAUGUUGUGCUGUCUUUAGAUAGGCAGUUCACUUUGUCUUCAUCCUGGGAUAAAACACUGCGCUUGUGGGAUUUGGUUGAGGGCAAGACCACUUGUCGCUCUGUUGUUCAUAAGAAGGAUGUUCUCAGUGUAGCCUUUUCUGCUGACAGCCGAUUGGGUAUCAAUCAGGAGGACACACUUAAGGAUUGGGUAUCAAUCAGGAGGACACACUUAAGGAUUGGGUAUCACUCAGGAGGACACACACAGGGAUUGGGUACCAUGUAUUUGAUUCUCACACGAUGCUCCAACCCAAUCAUUGUCUCUUGCGGCUCGGACAAAACAGUCGAGACCAAUCACACUGGCCACACCCAGUUCUUGAACUAUGUCACUGUGUCACCUAAUGGCUCUCUCUGUGUUUCUGUUGGCCAGGACAGUCAUCUGACAAACGGCCAAGCCAUGUUGUGGGACCUGAACGAAGGCAAGCACUUCUACGCCCUCGAUGGCGAUGACCGCAUCAAUGCAAUGUGCUUCUCUCCCAACCAAUACUGGAUGCGAUCUCUGAAGCCUGAUGUGACGGCAGCCGGAGCCCGCAGAAAGCCACCACAGUGUCUCUCCCUGGUCUGGUCAUCUCAUGGACAAACACUGUUUACUGGCUACAGUGAUAAGCUAAUCGGUGUCUAG